ACUUUUCUCUAGAAUCAGCACGAGCCGGCCACGGCAGAACAGAGCGCGAAGGGGAGGAAACCUCCAGGCUGAGAGCCGUAGAGGAGCAUCCCGUGGAAAGGCGGCGGCGGCGGCCGGUGGGAGAUGUCGAUCCUGUGGGAGAAGAGCGCUGGGUGGCGGUGGCUGGUGUGGCGGAUGCGUGACUCGAAGCCCUUCUUCUUCACCUUCGCGGCGCUAUGCGGCGUCGUCCCCGGCGUGAUCGGCUAUGGCGUGAUGCAACUCACCAGCUCCCGCAACGAGCAGCUCGAGUCCCAACUCCGCUCCACCGCCCGACCCGAGACAACAAUGAUGGGGCAAGUCAACAGGGAGAGACUGGCCGAGUUUCUUGGCGAGCUGCAAAGGAAAGAGGACACUAACGACAGAUACGUCGCCGCUCUGAAAGGGGAGACGCUGACUAGGAAACGCUACGAACGCAUCCAGCCCGUUCCUGCCCCUGCCCAGGCGCAAGCGAGCCAGGAGACCGCCAAGGCUGCUAGUGCCGAGGAGAAACCCAAAGCCAAGUGAUUCGCAAUUAGUGUCACUAGAAAUCAUCGAACAUAAACGGAACUUCAGCUCCAUGAGUAGCCAGAGCUUGCAAACGUCGCAGUUGUGGAGUCCUCGAGUAACAUCGCAACUGCUGUUAGCUCUCGUGGACGGUUUUGAUCUCUGUACCCAUACUGUGAUCGAAUAUUUUGGCUGAAUGAACACGGUACAUUUCUGCGGC